AUGUUUUCAACUCUGGGUGGAGUAAAGAAAAGGGAACCUGUCUUUACAUUUAAAAGGAAAAUAUUUUUUCCACUAGUUGACGAGUCUCUAAAGAAGCCUUUAACACAAGAGCAUGACAAACAAUUAAAUUUGAAUGGACAUACCAAAUUAAUAACAACAAUAUCUGCUAUUCAAUCUUCUAUUUCACCUUCAUCAUCAUCGUCAUCAUCAUCAUCAUCAUCCACUGCAUCUUCUACUUCUGCAACUCUAUUUGAACUCCCUAAGAUUACUACUACAAAUAGUCAAAGAAAUAUUCAUACCAAAACUUGUCAGCCAAAGCAAGAAGAAAAAAAAGAUGAGGAACGAAUAACAAAAGGUGAAGACGAUACUAUAUUUGAUUUUCCAGAUUCUUUAGACAAUUUCUCUGAAGUAAAAGUGAUGGUUGCAUCUACAAGGACUAUACCAGAAACACCGAAGCUAACAAGGAAACGAUCAAAGUCAAAAGAUAAAACACAAACAGUAAAUAUACCUAAAUCAACUGGAAAUAAUAUGACCUAUAACAAUAAGAAAAGAGCAGUAGCUAAUCAAAAAAAUUCACUUGCGCAUAAUAAUAGUCAUGAUUUCUUAGAAACCUCCUUUAUAGAUAAUUAUAAUCGACAACAACAAGUGCAACCAUUUGAUAUAUUUGCAUUUGAUCCUGACCCUAUCUCACAUAUAACAUACAAUAUGAAUGCACAAGCUGCUGCUGCUACUUCUACUGCCUUUGCUCUUCCUUCUUCUUCCAGUACCUUUAUGCCUACAACAUCCUUUCAACAAAAUUACUAUUUUAAUACAACUUACAAUAAUGCAACUAUUUAUAAUAAUAAUAACCAGUUGUCAUCUUAUUUACAACAAUCCUAUAAUAUGAAUACUCCCACUCCAUUAGUAAAUAAUAGCUAUAACACAUUAUCUAUCAAUAGCUUAUUAAAUGACUCAACUAAUCAUGCUACUACUGUUCAGUAUGAUAAUCAAAUCAAAAGGGCAACAGCAGACAAGAAACGCAAAAAGUUAAACCUAGUAGCUCAUCUUAAAGCAGCCAACGGAGAAAAAGAAAAUCAUGACAAAACAUCAUUAUUAAAUAAAGAGUUUGAUUUCUUAUCUGACGAAGAUGAUAUACCAGAGCAACCAAAACAAAAUGAAAAGACUUUACAAGAUAGAAUAUUGAAUCAAAAGAAACUAUUCAAAGAAGACCUCGAUAUCAGCCUUUAAAUAAGGUUAAUGUCAGAGUGACGUUUCAAAAAUCUACUACUAAACACAAUUCAACUUCUUAA